AUGUGUAAAUACUACCUCACCACCCCCCUCUGCGGCCACACCACCCUCCUAGCCGGCCCCUCCUGCUACGCCCUCUUCGCCCAACUCCAACGCAUCAACAACCCCGUCGAGCGCGCCCGUCCCGGCCUCCCCUUCGAUGUCCCCCCAGCCUGUCUCCCAAACCCUUGGAAUAUAAAUGUGUUGUACACCGGUGACUAUUGUUGUGUGGAGUGUAGGAAUAAUGGGAGUGUGGGGUGGGUGGAGGAGAGGAGGGGGUUUGGGGAAGGGGGACAGAGGGGCUGGUGUGGCGAGAGGGAUGCGAGGUUUGGGCCGGGGAGUGAGAGGAUUGGGGUUGGGUGGAGGUGUUGA